GGGUCAGGUAGACAGACAGACCUCAGCAUCCAUGGUGCCUGCUCAGACAGCUGUUUGACAGACAGCUGAAGUCGAAGGAUCCAAGGAGUGAUGAAGGAUUACUGGCAUAUCCCUCUGUUUAUCUUCAUCAUAUUUUAUGGAACUGGCCAGUCCAGGAACAUGCAAACAGCAGGUCUGGCCUGUGUGAAUGACUACGUGACGAACAUUUCUUGUGUGUGGUGGAACUCUACAGAUUUCUCCGGCCAGCGAUGUGAGCUUGUGGGGAAAAGUGACACAAAAAGAUCAUGCGAGCUGGUGCCACUAAGCAGUCAAACACAUCCUAAAAGAAGUUGUUCUUUAAAUUUUGACAAACAUAACUUUUUUUUCCUUAACAAAAUCUGGUUGAAUGUAAUCUGUAAUGGAUCUGUCAUCACUAAACUGCAUUAUCAGCCUGGCCGACACAUUAAGACCCAACCACCAGAUAAGCCCACUGUAAGCGGGGACAACAUAACUUGGAGUAAAGGCAGUAACUUUCCAAAAGCCGUAGACUCUUAUGAAUUUCAGCUGCAGUUUAAAGCCACAUAUACAAGCUGGGAGACGGCAGCACAUAGGAAUGUCUCUCAUGGAAGUUACGUGCUGCUGGACCAUAAUUUACUGACUGUAGGAGAAGAGUACCAGGCCAGGGUACGUGUGAAGCCUGUUGAGCCCCAAAAUGAUGGUUAUUUUCGGGGGGAAUGGAGCGACUGGAGUCCUGCUGUGUCCUGGAGGUCUGAGAUUGGAAAGCCACCAGUGAAACCAGAAGAUGAUGCAUCUCCACCAGUACUUGAUGAUAUGCGUAUUGUUCUGAUCAUUGGAUUCCACAUAUUGCUUGUUCUCGCUGGUCUUUGUUUGGUCAUCUACAAGGCAAAGAAAAGCAACCGAUCAUUAAAACCAAACAAUCGACAUGUUCCAGACCCCUCCAAAUAUUUCCAGCCUCUUCACACUGUUCAUGGUGGAAACUUCCGGAAAUGGCUGGGCUGUCAGAAUUCUGUUGGGCCAUUUCUCACCCCUCAGUCAUGUGACGAUAUCUCACCUGUAGAGGUCUCAGAUUUUUGGGACGUGUCCUUGAUAGAUCCAAACGCUCAGACGUCUGCUGCCGCGUUCGUUCACUCCAAUCAGGUGGACUCUGGACUGGACAACAGCGGCACUAGUCAUGCAUCAUCAUCUGGUUUCUCUAACACGGGCUACUUCUAUAGCAAAUCCAAUACAGGCUCUCUUCAUCUCGAAUCCUGCCCCGUGUACUUCACCUACCACCCUGAGGAAGGCACAAGCUCCGCUCUCUCGUCGCCUGGGUCUUCAUACGACUGUUUGCAAACCCCAAGUUACCAGACGGAACUGCCCAUGAGCCCAGAUUCAGGGUUCGACGUGCCUGAAGAGGAGCAUUGUGAAGAUGAAGACAUCAGUGGCGCGGAGAGAUGUGCGGCAGGACAUGUGCUGGUUCCCUUCAUUAUGUCGCUGUCACAGGGUUCCCUUGAUGCUGUUCACCCAGUAGAGAGUUUCACUCCAGUGGCCGUCAUCACACCGUGGUUUGAACCUGUGAGAGCACCCAGUUGCGUUUCCACCGCUGAGCCUGCAGAGGGCGCCGUGAUCAGACCCUCCUCCAUGAUUGAGCCCAGCGGCAGUGGAUAUCUGACCCUGAAGGAGAUGCAGAAAUACAGCAACAAAUCCAUCUGAACGGAGGCCUAGUCCGUCUCUGUCUGUAUAGAGGAGACCGGGGUAAAAUAAAACUCAGGUUAGGUUUAUUUUUGAAAGUCAGUUUCUAAACAAACAGA